UGGAGUCUGAAUCCGGCGGAAAGGAGCGCACGAUUCAAGGAAAUCUGAUACAACCUCAACGCAGACAAGAAACCAUUCAUCGCUGGACCUGGAGAUAUUUCGAUGCAACCCACAGUGUAUAACACGUAGUUAUUCUUCAAAAUCAGUUUUUAUUUUUCACGUUGUUGUCUCAGGGAAGCAGCAUGGCUCAUGUGGGGAACGGAGCUGGAAAUAUCGACGGCGAUGUGGAGGACUGUUUUGAAGAUGCCUAUGACAGGAUUCCUGUUGCAUCCAAAAUGGAUCUGAAGACCUCCAUAGAAGAAUGCUCCAUGGCGCUCAACCUUGUGUUGAACAACAAGUUCUCAGAGGCCCUGGAUCUUCUCAAGCCAUGGGCGAAGGACAGCAUGUACCACGCUCUGGGGUACAGCAGUAUCCUGGUGAUGCAGGCAGCCAUGACCUUUGAGCACAAAGACAUCCAGACGGCCAUGGCUACAAUAAAGGAUGCUCUGCAAACCUGCCAAAGGUUUCGAAAACGGAACACUGUGGUUGAGUCUAUAUCCAGCCUGGUUUCCAAACAGGCUUCUGAUAACCUCAAAGAAGAGCAGAUGCAUGCUGAGAUCUGCUAUGCGGAGUGCCUGCUACAGAAAGCCUCCCUCACCUUUGUUCAGGACGAAAACAUGAUCAGCUUCAUCAAAGGCGGAAUCAAAAUUCGAACAAGUUACCAGAUCUACAAGGAAUGCCAGCACACACUGAACAUGAGCCAAGACCUCGGGAACAGUAAUGAAACCUUCCGACAGUUUGAGGGGGGAGUGAAACUGGGAAUCGGAUCGUUCAAUCUGAUGCUGUCUCUGUUGCCUGGCAGGAUUCUGCGUUUGCUCGAAUUUAUCGGCUUUUCGGGGAACAGAGAAUUUGGCCUUUCCCAGCUGCGAGAGGGAGCUGCCAGCCACAGUCUGAGGGCCAUCCUCUCCGUCCUGACCUUGCUGCUCUACCACACCUACGUCUCUCUCAUCCUGGGUACCGGGGAAGGAAAUCUGGUGGAAGCUGAGACCCUUCUCGAGCCCUACCUGGAAAAAUUCCCAAAAGGCUCCAUUAUCUUGUUUUACGCGGCCAGGAUCGCAGUGCUUAGAGGAAGCUUUGAAAAGGCCCAGGUGAAGUUCCAGGAGUGCAUCUCUGCUCAGCACCAGUGGAAGCAGAUCCAUCACCUGUGUUACUGGGAGCUGAUGUGGUCUUACUCCUUCCAGCAGGACUGGCUGCAAGCCUACCGCUACGCUGACCUGCUCUGCAAGGAGAGCAGGUGGUCCAAGGCGAUCUACGUGUACCAGAAAGCAGCGAUACUGAGCAUGCUUCCUGAGGAGGAGGCCAAGAAGACCGGGGAAAACGUGGUGGAGCUAUUCAGGCAAGUGGAGGGCUUGAAGCAGAGACUGGCCGGCAAGUCCAUCCCAACAGAGAAGUUUGCGGUGAGGAAGUCACGGAGAUACUCCACCAGCACCCCGGUGAAGCUGGUGAUCCCAGCACUGGAGAUGAUGUAUGUGUGGAACGGCUUCACCAUCGUGGGGAAGAGGCCUGAUUUGACAGAAGGGCUGCUGGUCACCAUCGAGAAGGCGGAGCAGCAGCUGUGCGACGACCCCAAUCCCACAGAGUUCCAUCCGGAUGAUCAGUGCCUUGUGCAGAUGCUGAAGGGCCUGUGUCUGAAGCACCUGGGCCGCCUGUUGCAGGCUGAGCUGUGCUUCACCCAGGUCCUCUCCAGUGAAGGGAGAAUAAGAUAUGACCAUUACCUGGUGCCGUUCACCCUCUAUGAGCUGGGGCUUCUGUACAAACAGCAAGGUGACAUUCCCAAGGCAGCCAGGUUCAUUGAGAAUGCUAAACUGAAUUACAAAGAUUACUCCAUGGAGUCCAGGUUACACUUCCGAAUCCAUGCCGCUCUGAGCAGCCUGAAAAGCUCCCCGGUCUCCACCCCUUAACCUGCUGCUUUCCCAGGCAAAUGAGACACCUCUUCAGCGCAACACAGCUCUCAACCUCAAUCCACUCCAUCAUUUACUUUGAAGGUUUAUAUAUAUUUUUUGCAAAACCUGAAGGUAAAAAUACAUAUUUAUAUUUCUUUAAGUGGACUGAAGGAGAAGCUUGGUAGAAUGAAGAAGCUAUCAAUGAAAUGUGCAGUACAUUUUAUUCCCCUGGACUAUGGACAUCUUUCUGGUUUUUACCACAAAACAAAUAACUCCCGGGUUCAGCAAGAGAGUUGUCAAUGUACAGUUGAAUAAUGUACUCGCGUAACAAUAAUAUUGAACAUUAGCAGUAUAUUUCCAAGGUGAGAAUUUAUAUUGUAAGAGAUAUAUAGCUGUGCAGUUAAACAGGAUCUAUAUCUUGACCCAUAUGACAUUUCCUGAAUAUGUAUUGAUGGAGAUUACUCCAUUCUAGUGCAAACAUUAAGUUGAGUACUGUAACACUUAUGGAGUAAGUUUGCCUUUAAAUUAUUUAAACACUUUUCAUAGCCUUGUAUACACAGUGGCUUACAUGAAGGACGCACAAUAUUUGAGCUGGUGAAAAUGUAUCAAUUGUGGAUAGUCACAGAACUUAUUUACGUUCAUCUGCAAACCCAGAGGUCAUUUGCUACAGAUCUCGUGUCUGCCCAGGCUAGUAGCAGGCUGGUCUACAGGUCUUAAAAUCAAUGCAUAUUUUGUAACCAUUAUAUGUGUCUGGGUUUAGAAACUUAAUGUGUCAUGACUGAAAAAUUUCCAAGCAGGUGAGACCCCAUUUGCUCUUUUCCUCUUAUGAAAAACCAAAGAAUGAAGUACACCGAAAGAUUGUCAGUUGAGCUUUCUUCCCGUUCUAAUGGGUAUGAAUGAUUGAAGAAAAGAAAGGGCAUUGCUGGUAUUUGCACAUUUGACUGUUUCUGAUCAUUUCUAUAUGUAAUAUUCAUGUUUCAUAGCAGAUGACUCCAGUUAUGUUGCUCUACUGAGGGUGUGGAACUGAAACCCUGAACUAAGACCUUAGUCAAUUUACAAGCUACAGACAGUUUCCACUUGUUUGUUUAUUUUUGCAAAUAAUUUAAUGCAUUACCUAAUUUAAACAUUUCCACGUAUGAGCCGUUUCUGAUUCUGUCCAUGCCCACUCAUGACCUUUCAUUCAUGAAAACAGAAAUGCUCAGAAUGGUAAAAAAAUAAACAAAAACAAAAAAACACAGGGGCUAAAGCAAAACUGGUGACAUUUUGUUGAUUAAAUGUAAUGGCAGUCAAUGUGAAUGUAAUGUCUUUGAACCUGACCAAAUGUGUCUGUCUGUAUGUAUGUCUGUUUACUUUGUUUUGCAGUGAAUAAGUAGAUUAUGAUUUCACAUGUUACAUGAUGUUAUUACACUUUUACAGCAUAUUCUUUGACGGUAUAUUUGAAGAACUCUCAAGAGAGGUGCAAUAAUCACAACAUUUUUACAAUAUAUUUUAUCAACUUAGUGCUAUUCUCGCCUAUGAUAUUGUAAUGCUGUGGUUUGUUAUAGUGCAGAAUACAGAAGGAUCAACAAUCCCAUCAUUGCCGCUAUUUCCAGGAAUAUUUAACUGUUGAAAAGCAAUAAUAGUUGGGCACUAGUAAUCGGUUCAGUGUUUCUGUGCAAUGCUUUUGGUCCAUCACACAUCUAAUAAGAUUUUCCUUUCAUGUAGGGCUGACGGAAAUACUCCAAACACACACAAAUUAUUCUUGUGAUAUAUAGUAUGGUAUAGUAUGGUAUAGCUCUACAGUGAAUUAUAAAAGAGAUUAUGGAUAAUUGACCAUUGUAUCUUGUUAAUAAUACAAUGAAAAUGUCUAGCUGUUCUAGCUUCCUGAGAAACGGGUUGACUGAUUAAUGUUUGUCUUCAGUGAACUCUCUAUGCAGUGUGACUGAUCGGUGAAAUGUCUGAUUCAGUAAAAUGCCACUGUGAAACCCACAAUCAAAAGUAGCUGCCUUGCAACAAAAAUAAGGGAAGGUGUACUUUUACAUUCUGAUAACAAUGUUCCUUACACAAAGAUGAAUUUGGUAGUCCCUGAAAAAAAAAUGAUAUAUAGGCUUGAAUAUUAAACUCACUGGUACAGAACUCAAACUCUUUAAAACAUUUCGAAAUAUGUAUAUUUUCUGAAGCUACAGAAUAGCAAUUUAGACUAAACUGUUUGAAAACUGACACAAUUCAGUAAUAAUUCAUUGAAUGAAAUAACCAGUUUAAAGAGUAAUGUAUACUCUGUCAUUCUAAGCCAUGACAUAACUGCUGCUGUCCAUUUUUUAUGUUCUCAUCCUCACCGGGCUAUGUAGAAACAACUCCCUUGUCAACAUUAAAAAAAAAAUGGGAUCGGUAAAGAUUUGAUUUUCUGUCUAGAAACUGAAAUUGAUUUAAAUGUUUAUAGUAGAGUAUGUUGCUGUAUUUCCAGGUUGGCUUAUUUUUGUUAACUUUUGUUUCCUGUAUAUCCUGCCAAAGUAUAUAAAUGAAACUUUGCCCUGUCUGAGCACAAAGAGUUAUGUAAUAUGCCCUUUGUUUCAUUUAUCUGUUAUUUUCUUUCACUGGAAAUUACAUCACCUAGUACCUUAUGUGGAGAUGGGACAAUUUAUUUGAUUAUCGAAAGACCAAUAACUCCAGCUUCUAACAUUCUAACAGUCCUACUUAAUUUAUAUAGCCUAUUUAUGACCAGCAUCCAAGGCGGUAAAUAAGUACUGUAGGCUUUGUAUACGGUUAUCAAAUGGUAUAGGUUAAUUAUUCAUGACAUCCUUCCCUAUGUUUAGGUAUAUACAGAAUAUUUAUUUGGGUGUUGUGAAUAAGACUACUGAUUGGAUGCAUUUGUACUGUAUUGUGCAGAUAUCUGGAGUAGUUAACUGCCAAAACUGCCAUGUUGAGGACUCUAGGAUUGUGUGGAGACAAAGGAUCAGUCCCAAUAAUUUGCCUGAUUCAUUCCUGUUUUUAUUUGCUGUUCUUUUCAUCUUGAAGUUUGAUAUUUUCUGGGGUUUUUUGCAAGUGUUCCUGCUUUAUUUACUUUAGUGCCUGUUGUCUGAAAAUCACAUUUUGAAAUGUUGGGGGGAAAAAUAACACAGUCUACUCAACCUGUGUAUUUCGCCUGCUGUGCAGAGUAGAAUUCAGCUUCAGGAUCCUGAAAAAUAAAGCCAUGGGUUUGAGUAACCAAAAACA